AUGAGCAUCUUCACAUACUCCCGGCUCAUGUUGCCCGGGACCUCGAGCAGCUGCAGCAGGGCCACACGAAAGCUGUUGUUCGGCUCGAUCUGCCUCAACAGGCUCUUUACCAUGCGCUUCUCGUACUGCGUUUCGAAUGUGCACGGCACCAGCAAGUGGGUGCACCCAGACACCAGCGACGCGAUCUCCGUGGCGUCCCAGUGGCCCUCAUGGGCGGCGUCUGGCGCAGCGAGCCUGCUUGGUUUUUGCGGCGAGCCCCAGGGCACCAGGGUCGCGAACGCGAAGUCCUCGGGGAGCUGCGAAGCCAUGCGGGCGUGCGGCAACCCUCGCAUCAAGCCAGACCCUUACCUGGACACUCGGACAGCGCCGCCCAGCGCAGCAGCCGCGAGAGGGUUGCUGCGGGCCGUGGGGGUGCCAGUGCGGAGAUCCCACGCGCAGAUGGUGGCCCUCGAGGUGCGCGGAAACAUCGCGCAUGAGAGCAACGAGCUACAGCCCAUCGCAGCGUCGCGCGCUUUGGGGUGCUGCGCUACCUCGGCUCGCGCGCUGGCGUACUUCUCCAGCCUGGGCGCGUUGAACUGCAAGUGUUUCUCCAGCUCCUCGGGCGCCAUGACCUCCAAGGGCCUUCGUCUGCUCCAUGAGCACAGAUACCGGUUGCUGCAGCACCUCAGUGGUCGCGGGCGCUGCCGCCGCUGCAUGGCUCUGCUGAAGACCCCCAAUACGGUUGUCCGCAGCGCUUCGGCCUUGCGCGCAAGACGCCCAUUGGGCCUGGCGGACGAGUCGGGCUACGCCUCUCUGCGCCUGCCCCUCGUUCUCCUCAUGGAUCCAACCGACCGCUGUCACCUGGCCGGGCUGAAUGCGACCCGCCAUCCGACUGGCCUCAGGCGCAUCCCGGCCAUGGAGGGCGGCCUGUCCUCGCGCGGGCCCGCGCGCGCGGGCCUGGCUUCCGGGGACCUCCGGAGAGGCUGGGCGCACAAGCGGGAUGCGCGGGGACUGCCCAGUCGCUCCACAGCGCUCAGACACCCUGCAGACCUGAAGACCUGGCAGGGCUGCUUGAAGCCUCAGCUGGAGCUUGAAUUCAAAGGGCUGGGCCAGGCCGCGGUCCAUCCGCCUCGAGCACUGCUGCCAUCGCUGCUGCCGUCGAGGAACAAGUCCAACACAAAGAUCAGGGCGCUCCACACCGUCGCGAGUGCCGGGUCUGGGUGCACGGAGGCGAAGGCAGACUGCUCGUCUCGCUCGCUGCUCGGGGAGGGCGCCUGGGGAGUCCACAAGGGUUCAGGGUACGCCCCGCGGGCAGCCCCGAACGCCACGCGCAGCAGCAGCGUGGCCCCCCCGCCGUCCGCGGCGGCGCCGGCGGCCCUUGCGUCCUCGACGGUCCACAGCGAGCUGACGUCGUCUGAGAUACCCUCCGGGCUUCUCGGCAGCACGGCGCUGCCGCGGUUCUGCGUCAGCGGCUGUACAUAUUCUGGCCAGGCCGAGGUCGGUCGGGUCUGCCUCGAGACCCCUAGCCAGAAGGCGCUACGGGACAAGUCUGGGAACCACCCCUGCGUGGACCGGCAACCGCCCCGCCGGGCCUACGGCUGCCACGUGCAGAUGCUCGGGAAGAGCUUCAAGAUGAUGCCUGUGAUGCUCUGGAGUAUUGUUAUAUCUGGGAAGAAAUACGAGGCCAAGGACUGGCUCAUUGCUGGCGGCGUGACUUGGGGUGUGACCCAGUUUCUGAUGACUGGCUCCAUCAAGUCCAAGCACGCCGACAAGGGUAGCAGCGUGUAUGGAUUGAUAUUGAUGGGCGGUUUCUUAGGUUGUGACGGAUUCACUUCCACCUUCCAGGAGAAGGUCUUCAAGGAUUGCAAGACCACAAAAUAUAACCAGAUGCUGUAUGUCAACGCUGGCUCGGCCGUUGUUUCGUUGUCCUCAUUUGUUUUAUCAGGUGCCGCCCCGAGCACCAUCGCCUUCUGCUUCAGGCAUGUGGACUUUGUGGUCCAGGCGAUGUGCCUCAGCGCCGCCGCCGUGGGCGGCCAGUUCUUUAUUUAUUCGCAGGUUAAGGAGUUCGGCGCGUUGGUGUUGGCCGCCACGAUGAAUUUGAGACAGGUGAUCUCCAUCAUGGUGUCGUAUCUGUUGUACGGCCACAGCAUCACGUUGAUGCAGGUCCUCGGACUAGUCAUGGUGUUCGGUGCCUUGUUCUACAAGACCUACUUAGGGUACAAGGACGGCAAGGACAAGCCGAAGGCCACCUCCAAGCCAGCCAAAGUAGAGGCGGUGGAGGCGCAAGACGAGGAUCCGCCCACCUUCUCACGAGCAGGCUGGCAAAAUCCAUCACGAUUCCCCAGCGUGUGA